AUGUGGGGACACUGCGGGGACACCGCGGUGACGGCUGCUCGCUGCAGGGACGGGAUCCGCUUCGCGUUCCGGGAUCCGCUUCCCGGGCCGGAGCGGCGCCCGCUCCAGCUGCCCUUCCUGGAGGUGCUGAGCGAGUUCUCGGCCCGGCUGCCGGCGCCGGACAGGGCGCUCGUGUGCUUCAGGAUCCUGCAUUUCCCCCCGGGCUCCCAGGCCCUGCCAGGAUCCUGUAUCCAGAUCCUGCCCCCCCCGACUCCUUCAUGUUCUUCCCCCCCUCGCAGACGCACCCUGGCCGACAUCAUCAUGGAGAAGAUCACGGAGAAGCAGACGGAGGUGGAGUCGGCGCUCUCGGAAGCUGCAGGCUGCCCCCUGCCCCAGCUCGACCCUCGCGUCCUGGAGGUCUAUCGGGGUGUGCGGGAGGUUCUGUCCAAAUAUAGGAGUGGCAAGCUCCCCAAGGCCUUUAAAAUCAUUCCUGCCUUAUCCAACUGGGAGCAGAUUCUCUAUAUCACAGAGCCAGAGACAUGGACAGCAGCUGCCAUGUAUCAAGCAACAAGGAUAUUUUCGUCCAACCUGAAAGAAAGGAUGGCCCAGAGGUUCUACAACCUGGUGCUGCUGCCUCGGGUCAGGGAUGACAUUGCCGAGUACAAGCGCCUCAACUUCCACCUCUACAUGGCUCUGAAGAAGGCCUUGUUCAAGCCAGGAGCCUGGUUCAAAGGGAUCCUCAUCCCCCUGUGCGAGUCGGGCACGUGCACCCUGCGCGAGGCCAUCAUCAUCGGCAGCAUCCUCACCAAGUGCUCCAUCCCCGUCCUGCACUCCAGCGCUGCCAUGCUCAAGAUCGCCGAGAUGCAGUACAGCGGCGCCAACAGCAUCUUCCUGCGCCUGCUCAUCGACAAGAAGUACGCGCUGCCCUUCCGCGUGGUGGACGCGCUCGUCUUCCACUUCCUGGCCUUCCGCACGGACCAGCGCGUCCUGCCCGUCCUGUGGCACCAGAGCUUCCUGGCCUUCACCCAGCGCUACAAGGAGGACCUGUCCUCGGAGCAGAAGGAGGCCUUGCUGGAGCUGCUCAAGGUCCACAGCCACCCACAGAUCUCUCUGGAGAUCCGGAGGGAGCUGAUGAACUCCAAGACCCGGGACGUGGAGGGGCAGCAGCUGGUGGCUAUGGAGUGAGGGGGAGGAAGGGGAAAGCUGCAGCCCCGACCUGCUCCAGGGACUUG